AUGGAGACAUCUCGUCAUCAUGCUGAGGAGGCAAAUCUCUUCGAAUAUGGCACCAAGCGGCGCAAGAUUCGCAAGGGCACGACAAGCUGCUGGACCUGCAAGAAGCGAAAGGUGAAGUGCAUAUUCACUGGAUCAGACGCAGUUUGCGAAGCCUGUCGGCGCCGGGACACGCCAUGUGUUCUCCAGGACGAGCCAGAAGAGAGCAUCUACGAUCGAAGGAACACCGAUGGACAGCUUCCGACCCCUUCUCCGGCAGCGCCAACCCCUGAACAGACGGUGUUUGUUGCAGAUAACGAGAGUAUCUCACAUUCCCUACGUCAGGCAUUUCCUCUGCAACACGACAUCGAUAUCGUGUGCGGCUCAGAUCGCAUUCCGACCUUGUUCUGCUACCAUUACCUUAUGGGCUCCAGAGACGGCUCAGAGUACGAUGCACGUGCUUUCGCGGAUGAGUUGGCCACGAUUCCCGACCCUACUACAACACCUCCCAUCCUAAUGGCCAAGCAAAUGCUCCUUCUUGCUCUGAUGUUUCAGUAUCUUCACUGUAGCCAAACCGAGCGCUUAUCAGAGCACCCCAUGGUCAUUACCAAUCGCCUGGUGGAGAGUGUUGUCCAGUUGGUCACAAGCAACGAUCGCCUUGUGGGCUGUAUUGAGGGUGUGGAAUGUAUUGCCAGUGAGGCGUUGUUUCAAUCCAACUGCGGCAACCUUCGUCGAGCCUGGAUAGGUUUCAGAAGGGCCAUGGUAUUCGCUCAGCUGAUGAAGCUGGAUUUACCCGAUCCUCCACCAGUCAAGUACAUCGAUGCAAAGCGCAGGGUGGAUCCUAAAUAUCUCUGGCUGCGUAUCGUCCACAGUGAUAGUUAUCUCAGUCUGAUGCUAGGUCUAGCACACGGAGGCCAAGCAUCCACACUGCAGCCUACGAUUCCAACAGAGCCCCCUACCUGCAAGAUUGCCCGGGCACAUACUCGUGUUGCAUGCCGCAUCAUCGACCGUAACCGGCACAAACCACAGGACGACUAUAUUGACAUCACGCGGGCUCUGGACCAGGAGCUUUUAUGCAUUGCAAGAAGCCUGCCAUACAAGUACUGGCUCCUCCCCAAUGUCACAACACUCCAUCCAAACACCGAAGAAGCCUUCCAGGAACUCGUUCGGCUCCGCGACCAGCUCUGCCACUACAACCUUCUCCACCUCCUACAUCUCCCCUUCCUCCUGCGCUGCGGCAAAGACUCUGAAUUCAACAUGUACUCGAAAAUCACGUGCAUCAACGCAAGCAGAGACGUGCUCAGCCGAUUCAUGGCGUUCCAGAACUUCCGGCCCAUCGUAACGCAGGCGUGUCAUUCAGCGAAUUUCUUCGCCCUCAUGGCCAGCAUCACCAUCCUGAUUGCGCACAUUGACAGCUACCGCUGGGACCAAGACAGCUUCCUCAUGCACCAGCGGCUCAGCGACCGCGCAAUGGUCGAGCAGCUCGUCGAAGGCCUCGAGCAGCUUGCAGAAUCUGCAAAUAAUCUGCUCACGAGCAGAAGCGCGGCGCAAUUGCGCUGCUUGCUCGAGAUUGAAAAUGAGGCGGCCAGAGGGAAAAAGGGACAUACGGGUGCGACUACGCUGACGAGACUGCAGCAGCAGUGUGGAAAUCACUGUUCACUUGCAAUACCGUACUUUGGCAUCAUCAAGAUUGGGUCCGAUGGGAUUACAAAGCAGCAGCAGCAGCAGCAGCCGCCACCAUGUCAGAAUGCAGCGUAUUCACCAUCUGCAGCUCAGGUAUUUCCUCCGACCACAACGAGUAUCGAGGAUACGUUUUCGGGACUAGUACAAAGUCCCGGUUCGACAGACAUGUCUGGUUUCAGCCCUUCGGCACUCGAGGCGGAAUCGUUGCAGACACCGCUUUUGGGAUUAGACUCUACUGGAGACUCUGGCGAGAUCAGACAGUCUGAGUAUCCGGAUCUCACUGCGGGGGCGGAUGAUUGGGCAUUCCAGGGCGUAGACGCGGCGUUCUUCGAUUCACUAAUCAGCGGUUCGAAUUGGAAUCAGACGGCGCAGGCGGAGCUGGGUGUAUCUUAG